GUGUGUAAUGUUUGUGUUAGGUACAGAACUCGAGAUAUUUAAUUAAUAUCGGAUUUGUUAUACAAUAAGAACGUUAUACCUUUCAAAGAUACAAAAUGGAUAAUCCGCAAUUUGAUGCCACUUUAGGUGGUGAAGAACACCUACCAUUUACCGUAAAUAGCUUUAAAUUUACCGCUUCACGAAGUAUUGAAAUUGCAGCAAUGUCUGAAAGUAUUCUGCGCCCGAGUAAAACUAAGUUAAUUUUCCAAACUCUCCCUGUUCAUAUGAGACGUAGGGUUAUGAGCCACAAUUGUAAACGACUGCCGAGAAGGUUGAGGGAAGGCCAUUUAGAGCAGUUAAAAAAGAGUGGACUGCCACCUAAACAAAAGAGACCAUCUAGGAAAUAUAGACGGCGUCCCGCGAAUUUAUUGAAUGAGUAUAACAGAAGACAAAAGCGAAAUAUUUGGCUAGAAACACACAUUUGGCAUGCAAAAAGGUUUCAUAUGAUUGAACGUUGGGGUUACCGCCUUGCAGACCGUCCCUGCGACAAGGCAUUUCGUGCUUGUUACAGAGCAAGUUCUGCACACUGUUUAUUACAAGAUGUUUCCUAUUAUACACAUAUUCAGAUUACUGGACCUAUUGAACUUAUAGGUGAGAUAUUUGACCGCAUUACAAAUAAAUCAUGUGGACUAAGUGUGACUGCCAAAGCCUAUACUGGAGGAAAUAGAAGAGGAAAUAUUGAUAUAUACAAUCCAAAUGCUUAUCCUUUUGGCUAUGUUGGUAGAAUUCAGUUUCUUUGGAUAACAAAAGAGGAUAGUAAUAAGGAAUUAUGGCUGUUAGUCCAUCCAUCUCAAAUCAAACAAAUAGAGUUACUUUUAUCAAACUUUAUAAAUCCUAAUUCAGAAAAUUUACCUCUUGAGCACAUUGAAAAAAAGAGAAAAUUAACAAAUAAAUAUUCUGAUAUAAAAAUUAAUAUAUUGACCAAAGCCUUUAAUAUGUUUCGCUUAACUGGUCCCAAAAGUCAGGCCAUUUUAAAUUCUGCCAUAAAAUGUAUAAAAGCCUUAAAUCAAGUAAAUGAUAGCUGGUUGACUCAAAUAAGGAAUACAUCAAGUUUACAUUUGGAAGAAAAAAAUGAUUACUGGGAAAAUGCAAAGUUAUCAAAUUCACCUGCAUUAUUACCACCUAAUGUGGUAAUAGGGCUGAUUAUUAAAGACCCUCGUUUAAGCAGACCAUCAUAUCGUACUAAGGCGCAAAACAACAGCCCUGAAGAUGUAAAUGUUGCUUCAUUAAUUAACAUCCCAUCUUACCUGUCACACUCACCCAUAUGGGAUACUCGACUUCAUGAAAAUAUAAAGAAGAAACUAAUGACCAAUGCCCAGUUUAUAAAACAUGUAACAAAAACACAAUUAGUGCCCGGAGAAAUCAAUGAGGAUGAUCCAGCAUUGCAAUAUGUUCCUGUAGUGUUAAUGCAAAGACCUGGAUCACAGAAUGCAAACUCUAAAAAACUGGGUUAUGGAAGUGGAUGGGAUAUUAUAGUACCUGCUGGCUAUGGAAUUCCAUUCUGGCAGACGUUGGUAAUGUUUGGUGGUCGAGCCGGUGGCCUCCGUGAGACAGAAAGUAUAGCCUUCGAAAUGGGGGAAAACUUUCUUCCACCUGAUUCUGAAGCAGGAAUUUUUGAAGAGAAAAGAAUAGAACAACAACUCAUAGAAAGAUAUUUUCGUCGACCACCAAGCAAGAGAGUCAAUUAUCAAAAGUUGGGUGUAAACAGCCCUUUUAUCUGUCCAUGGAGAAUAUUACUGAGUGAUUGGAGUGGGAAAAAUGUGAAUGAUUUGUAUGUGAUGAGAGAUCGAAAACUUUUAGAGUUGUUGCAGGAUUGUUUGACUAAAAAGGUGGUUCCUAAUAUUGAUAAUGCUGAUGCAUGUUUGGUUCCCGUGUGCCUGCAUAUGGAAAACAAGGGUAAUUUAAAACAGCAUGCAAUGAUAUGUCUACCACAAAGUAAUGAUCUCCAAAUAAUCAAAACUCUUUACGAACCACUGCAUGAAGAUAAAAAUGAAAAAUUGAGGAAACAAAAGAGAAAACAACACUUGCAGUUAUUAAAGCAAAUGAAAAGAAAAAGGCGAAAAAUUAAAAAAUCUGGAUGUCAGGUUAAAAAUGUAAAGAUAGUGAGCAAUCGUGAACCUUCAGAAUAUGUUAAAAGUAUGAGAGAACUUUGGCUGCCAUCAAAUAUAACGACAGUUCGGAACACUUGUUUAAGGCCAGUGCUGGGUUAUGUGUGCAAAGGAGAUUUCAGUUUUACUGAAGCAAAAAGUGUUGGCGUCGGUUACAUUGCUUUAAACGGUUUAAUUAACCUUAUAAAGGCUGGAUUAAAUAAAGUACUUAUACGAAAUACUUCAUCGCGUAAAUACCGUAUAGCAAAAAUUGUUGUGAUCAAAACUGAGUGAAUGUUCACAAUGUUUAAGAUUUUGCAUGACGCAAAA